CCCAUCACGGGCCCCUUUCUCCUCCCCUCUCCUCCUCUCUUCUCCACUCCCCACUCCCCAGGUUGCGUGGGGAGCUGAGCCACCGAGAUGUGCAGACCUCCGAGGCAUCAUAGAGGGGUUCCGGAAGCUCUCAGCAAGGGGCUGCAGGCUUCCUCGGCUGUCUGACCAGUGGGGGCACUUCCUGCCACGCCAGCACUAGCUCUGGGCUCGAAUCGAGCAAAGAAUAGACUGCAGAGACUGCUUCCCUUCAGUCCCUGGUAGCCCCAGGGCGUAGCCCAGGGUGAUGUGCCUGCUGCUGCCAGGUGACUCGUUGUACCUCAUUUGGGAUCACAGAAUCAUAGAUUUGGAGCUAGAAGGGAUCUUAGGGGCCAUCUAGUUUAGCCCCUUCAUUUUGCAGGCUCUUCACUAGUUGAGAAUUUGACCUGAUUGUCUCCGGCAAUUACUAUUUUUCCUUUUACUUAUAGCUGCACAGCUUUGCCUGUUCCCCAGAGUCUAACACUUUCCCGAAAGGGGAGCACAGGAGCGGAACUGAUGGCAGCUCUUCCGACAGCCAGGCCCCAGGAGUUGGUGACAUUUGAGGAUGUGGCCGUGUAUCUCACAAAAGAGGAAUGGGGACAACUGGGCCCUGCUCAAAGGAAGCUCUACAGGGACGUGAUGCUGGAGAAUUAUGAGAAUGUCAUUUCACUGGCAGGAUUUCCUGUUUCCAAACCUGACCUGAUCUCCCAGCUGGAGCGAGGGGAAGUACCAUGCUUGCCAGAUGUGCCCAGAACUGAGGUUCCAGAGACCCAUGGUGCUAAGAGCUCUGUGACUGAGAAAGAGGCAUCUAUUCCACAGCAGGAAGUUGGUGAAGAAGUGAAAACCCAGGGAAUAUUAUCAGCAGGCUCCCCAAAGGGGAUUCACCAGGACUCUGUAGUUGGAGGCCACUGUGAUGUUGAGGGUAGGUUAGAGUGGCAGCAGGGAAACCCUGUAGGAGAUAGGGCCCAGCCACCUGAUUCAUGUGGCAGCCUCACAAAUAAUUCAGACUUUCCAAAACAACACCAGAGACAGGAGCAAAGGGUAGAGAAGCCCCAUGAAUGUGAGGAAUGUGGGAAAGCCUUCAGACUUAACAUAGAACUUAUUCAGCACGAGCGAAUACAUAGUGGUGAGAAGCCCCAUGAAUGCGAGGAAUGUGGGAAAGGCUUCAAGGGACACUCAGAGCUUAUUGAACAUGAGAGAAUUCACAGUGGAGCAAAACCCUAUAAAUGUAAGGAGUGUGGGAAAGCCUUCAGGAGGAGCUCAGGACUUAGUAGACAUAGGCGAAUUCAUAGCAUAGUAAAGCCCUAUCGAUGUAAUGAAUGUGGGAAGUCCUUUAAGAGGAGUACAGGCCUUAGUCAACAUCAGAAAGUUCACAGUGGAGAGAAGCCCUACGAAUGUAAUGAAUGUGGGAGAGCCUUCAAGGUUAGCACACACCUUAUUCGGCAUCAGAGAAUUCACAGUGGUGAGAAGCCUUUUGAAUGUAAUGACUGUAGAAAGGGCUUCAGGGAACAUUCAGACCUUAUUAAGCAUCAGAGAAUUCAUACUGGAGAAAAACCCUAUAAGUGUAGUGAAUGUGGUAAAGCCUUUCGGGGGCAAUCUGGCCUUCUUGAACAUCAGAGAAUUCAUAGUGGAGCAAAACCAUUUGAAUGUAUUCAGUGUGGAAAGGCAUUCAGAAGGAGUUCAGAGCUUACCAAACAUCGGCGAAUUCAUACAGGAGAAAAACCCUAUGAAUGUAAGGAAUGUGGGAAGCCUUUCAGGCAGAGCUCAAGCCUUUUGGAGCAUCAGAGAAUUCAUACUGGAGAGAAACCUUAUGAAUGUAUCGAAUGUGGGAAAACCUUCAGGGGACCUUCAGACCUUAUUAAACAUAGGCGAAUUCAUAGUGGAGCAAAACCUUAUGAAUGUAAUGAAUGUGGGAAAACCUUCAGGAGGAGUUCAGGUCUUAAUCGACAUCGAAGAAUUCAUAGUGGAGCAUCACUCCAUGGAUGUGAUGAGUGUGGGAAAGCCUUUAGGAAGAGUUCAGCCCUUUACAGACAUCAAAAAACUCACAGUAGUUAGAAAUCCUGUGAAAGUAAUGAGUUUGGAAAGACCUUCAGAAAACACUUGGAUUUUGUUAAACAUUAGUUAAUAGUAAAGCAAACCCCUGUUGAUGUGAUGAAUAUAGGAAAGCCUUUUGGAAAAGAUCGGGGCCUAGUCAGUAUUGGGGAAUUCAUGUGUAAGAAAAACCUAAUGAAUUUUGGUUAACUAUUAUUUUUACUACAGUCUUAUGGACUAUUAGUAUAUAUGUUAGUGCGUAUACUGAUAUACAUAUACAUAUAUAUAUGUAUAUAUAUAUAUAUGUCAGUGUAUAUACAUCAUCAGAAAAUUCAUGGUGGAGUGAAAUUUUGUGAAUGUAAUGAAUGUGAAAAACUCUUGAGUCAGAAUGUAGGUCUCAAUCAUAUUAGAAAAUACAAAGCAGAAAUUUUGGAUAAGUAUAUGAAAAACUGCAAUGAGUCUUUGUAGCAUUGUCAUGGCUUGCAUACUCACAAGUAAAAUGACAAUAAUUCUCAUUCACAUAGCACUUUACAGUUUAUGAAGCACUUUCUUCACUACAGCUACAAUUGAGCCAAUCUCCAUGAAAUACUUUUUAAGCUU